AUAGAUCUCUACUACAACAUGCCCAAUCCGCAAGAUGCGAGAACCUCCUCCAGUGCCUGAACCCAAAACUAAGGGAAGCCCACCGCAGGUCCAGCCCUGUCUACGUCACUGAACAAAAGAGGGAAGCUGAGGACGAAAAACACGAAGAACAGCAAGAAGUUCGACAUGCAACAACAAAAUGAGCGAGAAACAGCGCAGGAAAUGAGGUGCAGCAUUGGCUUCGUCUAUCUCUUCUCCUACUAUUUACUCCAGUUCUGCGGACACACAUGGAUCUUUUCCAACAUGACCGCCAGAUUUCUCUCGUUUGGACUGGAUGCCAUAGCUGGCACAUUUUAUUUUGUGGGGGUGAUGAUGUGCCUGUGCCAGCUUCUGUCCGUUCUGGAACUUUUCCAUAUUGCAGAUGGAAUAGAAGAAAGUCAACUCCGACCUCGGCUUGUCCAGGUGGUUGAGAGAAAUUUCCUUUUAUUUCUAAUCAUCAGUCAAGAGGAGUUUCAGAGUAAAACAGUAGUGUGUGUGCUGUUUUAUCUGUGGAAUAUUUUAUACCUGAUAAGGUACCCAUAUCAACUCAUGUGCCUUAUUAGCACACCAUCAUUUAAUAUGCUGUGGGCACGCUACACCAUCGCUAUUCCAGUCUACAUACUGUCUGUGAUCACAGAAGCAAUCAGUAUUUUACAGGCUCUGCCAUAUUAUGAGGCACAAGGCACAUAUUCUGUCCAGCUCGAAGCACCUGUCCCCGUCUAUGUGCACUUCCCAUACCUGCUAAUGGCUUACCUCCCUCUGUUGGCAGUAGGUUCUGGCUUAACAGUACGAAACUUACUCAGAGAAAGGAGUCAGUCUCUUGACAGCUGGAAUAAGAAGAUAAAAAUGGGCUAACAGAAACGGAAAUUCAUGCCACUUCUCCAUGUUUACUGCUCAUAAUAGUUUAACCUUGUUCAAGGGGAGGGGAAACACUAUUCCCAAAUAUGCAUCUAUAUUUCCUUAGAUUUGGCACAGCAAGUGUGUAACAUACAACGUGGUACGGAAAUGUAAUGGAAUGAUGAGAAUAAAAUAAGUGUAUUUUGCAUA